AUGGAGACCGAAGAGGUCUUCGCGUGUAAGUCGAUUCUGAAGAAGAAGAAGCUGAGGACUGUGGCGAGAGGGCAUUACACUGAGAGAGCUGCUGCUGUUGUCACUAAGACCAUCAUGGCAGUUGUUCAGUAUUCACAAGAGCGUACAAGCGACAAGAUAAGAGAGUUUGCAUCCAUUUACCGAAGUUUUACAUAUGUUACUGGAGCCAAUUACAAAAGAAACGUUUCAGAUGAAGAUAAGCAGCUUGAAGUGAAGAAGGAAGUUGAUGUGAAGCAAUAUUCAGGUGUUGAGCUAAUUAUCAAGUCUGGUUUUGGUUCUACUCUGCCUUCGAAAGAUGAUUUGAUUAGAACAUAUGAAAAAUUUGGAGCUUUGGACAAAGAGAGAAGCUGUACGUUCGAGAAUGACUCAUGUGCUCGCGUUAGCUUCUUGAAUGUAUCUGAAGGAGAAGAAGCCUUUUACGAGUCACUAGAGAAAUACCCGUUUGCUACUACUUCCACCGUUACAUUGAAGCUCAAGUAUCCUUCUUCUGAGAACAGAAAGGGGAUGAUGGAAAUGGAGUGGUUGAAAAAGAAGCUUGAAGAGAUGAGAGCUUUGCUGGAUGAAUCAGAGGGAGGAGAGAUUACGGAAGAGUUGAAGAUGAGACUUGAGGAAGAAUCAAGAAACUUGCUAGACAAGUCGCAGAAACGAGCUUGCGUUAAUUUUGAUGAGAUAUCUAGACCCGUGGAUUCGGGUUUGUCUCACAAGAACGCUUUGGAGCGUUGCGUCGAGCACUCUAAGGUGUGACCAGAUGAUUGCACCGAACUGUAAUUUUUUCGUGUAAGAAAGAAGAAUCUGUUGUUAGUCAUCAUUUUGAGCAACAGAAGAAGGAUGAGUCAGUGACCCAAGGAGUGGUGGUCCAUGGACAGCAGGAGAAACAAGCCUAUACUCAGGUAGAGAUUAUCAGCAACAGUAUGUGCCACGUGGAUCCCUCCAGAACCAGAGAUGUCAUCGAGGUGCUCGAAGAGGCUACUCCAAUGCCCGAGGAGGUCGAGCUGGUGAUGGUGGCUACUCGAAUGGGCGAUAUGAAUCUUAUGAUAAUUCCGGUGGAAACGGUUACCAGAGGA